AGUGAGUCAAGCAGUUUACUCAUGGCUGAUAAAUUAGAAGAACAGAUGAUAAAAAUAUUUAAAUAAUUUUUAGACUUAAAUUGAUCAUAAAACGUUAAUAAGGAUUAAUUAUAUUUCAAUAAUGUAUUAAAUUAAAAAGUCACAGAAGACGAGACACCAAAUAGAUAUAUAGAUUAUAUAGAUGGCAUUGCCUCUUCCUGAAAAACCUAACCUCAAAUUCUAUUUUGGAGAGAGGCAGAUCGUCGUCCACAUGUUCAAUAUUUCAAAACAAAUUUAGUGAAUUUCCUCAGUUGAUUGUUAAAAGACUACAUUGUUUCAGCAAUGAAACGGAAAUUUGAAUCCUCGACUACUAAAACUGAACAGCUGAGUGGUGAUCGUUCCAUCUCAACAAAAAAACCCAAAUCUGUAGAAGGAAUGGAAACUGACAGCGAAAAGAAGUUUGAGAAAAGGCCUAAGAAGACUGGAAAAAUCAAAGGAUUUAGUAAAGUUGAUAGGAAGCAGAACUUGUUCGACAAAAUUAAAGAUGCACAAGGCAAACCGAAUUGGAUUGAGAUAAAAAAACAGAAGACCGAACUGCGUCUAAAGAGACUAAAAUCUAAGCCCCUCUAUGAAAUGAAUUUGGAAGUGAAGAAAAUGUGGGAACAAUUACGAAAUCAUAAUGUCAAGAAAGACGUCAAAGAUAAGGUGGUGGUGAAAAUGCACGAUCUUCUGAAAACGAAUUACCAAAAUAUAAUCCAUUCACACGACAUGACUCGAACAGUACAGAGUCUUUUGAAGUACGGUUCAGCCACAAUUCGGAAUGAAAUAUGUGCAGAACUUCUACCCCACAUUGUAAGGAUAUCCACCUCAAAAUAUGCGUCCUUCUGCAUGAAGAAGCUGUUUCUGUACAGCACACCACAGAAUCGAGCAAAAAUUGUUGACGCCAUGUGUGGAAAUGUGGAAAGAUUGCUGAACCAUACGAUCGGAACAAAAGCAUUGGAGCUGGCAUACAGCACUUGGGCCACGAAAAACCAGAAGUUGAAAAUGCGACAGGAGUUGUAUGGUAAACUAGCCAAACUUGAAAGGGAAGAAGAUGCCAGCUGUCUCGAUGAUCUAUUCAACAAGGCUCCAAAUCUGAAGCCUGCUAUCCUGUCAGCUACCAAAUGCAUUGUUUACAAAGCUUUGACUAAGCAACACAUUCUAGUGAGUAGUCUACUGCACUGUGUACUGCUUGACUAUUUCAAUCACUGUGAUGAGAACGGCAAGACGGAGCUGAUCGACUCUCUUUGCGAAUCUGUGAUGCAGCUGUUGACGUCCAGAGAAGGCUCCAUCAUGGCCAUGAAGAUUGUUUGGCUGGGAACAAACAAGAUAAAGAAGACAGUUGUUAAAACUUUGAAAGGAAAAGUGAAAGAAGUAUCGGAACUUGAAAAUGGUCAUCUUCUCCUAUUAGCUGUUUUCGAUGCUGUGGAUGACACUGUUCUAAUCAAAAAGGCUCUCAUCCCUGAACUACUAGAAAAUAUCGAGGCGAUAUCAGCUGACGAGAUCGGGCGCAGAGUUCUGCUGCAUUUGACAGCUCAUUGGGACCAAGCCUACUUCCACCCCGAAGAGAUCAAUCUCUUACGUCAAGGUUGCUCCGGCGGAACAAGUAAAAAGGACCCGGAAAUCAAAACCAAGGAACUUUUGGAAGCUGUGAUAGAUCCGUUACUGAACUUUGUGGCUCAGAAUCCUGCCCACUUCCUAGCUAGUCCUUCAAUAGCUAUGCUAAUGCUUGCUAUUCUGAAAGCAGGACAAGGCGACAGUCUUACAUCAGCACAGAAAGCCGUGGCCACCUUGAUCGCAGAUCCCGAUAAGAAGAAUCUGAUCGAAGACCCAGGUCUGCACAUCGCACUCAAAAAGCUAGUGCAAAACGACAAGAACUGCCAUUCUGCUGGCAAGAGCACUUUCUCGUCGGCCAUCACACAAGCUCUCACUGACACCGUUCUGCUAGACUGGAUCAAAAUAAAUAGGGCUUGUUUUAUUCUUAUCACGAUCUUGGAAUCGGCUGAUGAAGACAGUGUAGCCAGUCUCAAGCAGAGGUUUUCCAAGAACAUUCUCAAAACACUAUCAAAGCAAACUAGUAAAGGAUCGCAAAUUUUGUAUAAAAAAAUUGUAUAGUUAUUGAAUAGACUUCAGUAUUCAUAUUUUA